AUGAAUACACCUAAUGAAAAUAAUAUCUUGACCUCAUGUCAAUAUACGCCCGUGUACAUAAUCGAAAAUCCAGGCGCCGAUACUGGGACACCGAUUAGUACAACUACGAGCUCCUUUAAGACGCAGGCCAGUAACUUAAAAGCGUUUUACGAAAGUAGCGGUAAAUUAGAAAAUAACCUCCUACAGAGUACAGAGACAACUGGUUCACAAGUUUCAAAAAAAGACAACGGGAAUAAUUUAAAACUAGCAAACUUUCUGCUACCUAAGAAUAAUGUGAAGCUUAAAACAGUCUAUGAACACCAGAGUGCACCAUUCAAUAAAAUCAUUUUGAAACCCAUGUAUGUCGCAAACACUAUUUCCACCAGUAAUCAAACUCCUGUAUCGGCUCCAAAAUUUGAUGUGUGCAGUAAAAUUGUAAGAUUGAAAGAUAUACCCACUUCUACCCAGAGGAACAGGAAAAUACUGCCUAAGAUAAUUCCAAAAGACGAACUUGUAAAUCCCGCUAAGACUUCAGUACAAAUAGUAAAACUAGGUGAAACAUACCAUUGUCUCAACAAACUUAAUGACGAUCAGGUGAAGGUAGUUAAUAAAGCACUCAAAAUAUUCAAUGGGCCAAAGAAUACUCCAAAAGAACCUACUUAUGAGGCAACACCAGAUACUCAAAUGGUUUAUAAGGUUCUAUUACCAAAAGAUGUGUCAGGAUUUAAAAAAAGCAAAGUUAUAAUUAAGCCAAAAAAACCAGAGUUUAAGAAAGAAAUAUCUAAAAGACAAGAGAAGAAAGAGAUAGUUGUUCCCGAAACUAAAGAACCUGAAACAGAUAUAUUGGAGGAGAAAGUGACAAGAAGUGGUAGGAAGGUAAAAUUACCAAAAAAUAUUUUACCAGAGGAAACACUACAAAAGCCUAAGAAAAAGAGUGGUACAAUAGUGACAUGUUUUCAAUGCUCAUUGGAAUUUAACAGCUUAUAUCGUUUACAAAGGCACUAUGAACUUCAUCCCACUCACAUACCAACUCAGAUACACACCGACUUAUUUAAUUGUCUCCUAGCUAUCAUUAAGACCGGGUCAGAAGAAAAUAGGGCUCAUAUAUUUCUGCAACAAUUGGAACAGCUCAUAGCUAAGAUUAAGUCAGUAAUACCAUGCCUUGUGAAAAAUAACAAUUUAAAUGGAAAAUUAAGUACAAUAAGUGAAGAUAUUGGAAUCUUACUGGGUAUAAGCCCAGGUGAAUACAAUCUUAAUGCAGAUGCAUUGAGCUGUGUGAAAGAUAAUAAUGGUCACUGUGAACAUAAUCCACCACCAUUAACCUCGUGUCUGGAACAAGUUGAUAACGCUAGUGAAGCUGUAAGCCUUCAAACUGACCCUUGUAUUGACAUGAACUCAACAGAACUAUGGCCAACUGUUAAUAAGAGAUCAGAAUGCCAUAGCACACCUGAAUAUAAUUCCGCUAAAAAGAUUAAAUUAGGGGAUUCAGAAUUGCCCGUCAUAUUAGAUGAUGAUGAUAUAGAUGCCUUCUUUAGUAACAAUCUCAAGACUGAUAUAUUAGAGAAUAAGACUACCUCAGAUGAAACACAAAUUAGUGAUCAGCUCAAAGACACAACUAUUAAUCAAAACGCCCCAAAGACAUAUGUAAAAUUUCAUAGUGCUCAUUUUGACAUCCGGUCAUCACCAAUAAAACCUUCAUCUACAGAAUUUACAAAGUUCCAAAUUAAUCCAGAAAAGCUACCUAAAUUUGAUAUUCAAGAAAUUCGACCAUUGUUACCACAAGUAGAUGAAGAGAAAAAGGUGGUGGAUCAUAAAAUUAAUGAAAACAAUACUCAGAACGGAACAAAUCAUUUAUUUCCAUCCAAAGACUCGUCAGAACUUAAUUUGGACACAUUUAAGGAAUGGCCUUUGAACUAUUUAGUUAAUACAAACACUGAUAGCUACAACAUAAAAGGAGGUAUAUUAAGCGAUGCAACAGAGCCGAGUGCUUCAAUUGAACCAACUUUAAUUCAUAUAAAAGAUCAUCAAUUACCUGAGAUAGCUAACAGAGCACCUGAAAAUUCGCUUAUUGAACUACCGCUAGUUAAUCAUGAAUCUGUCCUCAAUUUACUUUCAUACCCCGAAACAAGUAUUAGUAAUAAUUCCAUUGAAUUCCCGAUAGAUUUAUUUACUUUUAAUAAUGCAUAG